ACUUAAAAUCAACGUUUGGGCUAUAUUUUAGUAAUAUUUAUAAUAAUCAGUAAAUUAAUAGAGAUAUUUUAAUAUUGGUGGAAUAAAUACAAACCAUAUAUCAAAAUGACAACCGAUGUAAGGGAUAUUUUGGACAUGGAACGUCCUAAUACACCUGAAAUUACUAGGGACUCUUUUCUAUCCACAAAAAAGAGGAACUUCGAAAAGGCAAAGGGAGCUUCUAAGCGUCCGGAAGGAAUGCAUCGUGAAGUUUUUGCAUUACUGUAUAAUGACAAUAAAGAUGCUCCACCGCUACUACCAACGGAUACGGCCUUGGGUAUAGGCUCAGGUUAUAAACAAGCAAAAGCAAGAUUGGGAAUGAAAAAAGUGCGGAAAUGGGAAUGGGCACCAUUUGGUAAUCCUGCUAGAAUGGACGGUGCUGUGUUCCAUCAUUGGAAGCGCAUCACAGAUGAACCUAAAGAAUAUCCCUUUGCUAAGUUUAACAAACAAUUGGAGAUCCCAAGUUAUAACGUAGCAGAAUACAAUGCACACUUGCAAACAAAUCCACAAAAGUGGUCAAAAGAACAAACAGAUCAUUUGUUUGAUCUAGCUAAACGCUUUGACUUGCGCUUCAUUAUCAUGGCUGAUCGAUGGGAUCGUUCCCAGUUUGGGAUUAAAAAUGUAGAAGACCUAAAGGAACGCUAUUAUGAAGUGAUUGGCUUAUUGGCUAAAUCGAAGGGAAAUAAUUCUCAAAAUGUCGGAGACAAAAAACCAUUUGUAUUUGAUGUUGAACAUGAACGCCGUCGUAAAGAACAACUCAAGAAACUUUUUGAACGUACAAGUCAACAAGUCAAAGAAGAACAAAAUCUUAUCAAUGAACUGAGAAAAAUUGAAGCUCGCAAAAAGGAACGCGAGCGUAAAACGCAAGACUUACAAAAGCUUAUAUCACAAGCUGACCAGCAAGGCGAUGUCUCAGCCAAUGCUCAAAAUGCUAGGAAGUAUGAAAAGAAAUUACACAAGAAAAAACUGCAUCAUCAGCCAAGACCAUCGAAAGUAGAUUCUGUGGUAAAUGCAAUUGAGGUUGGCACAAGUGGAAUUAAAUUUUCCGAUUUACGUGGUACGGGUGUAUCGUUGAGAUCCCAGAAAAUGAAAUUACCCGCCAAUAUUGGACAACGUAAAGUUAAGGCCCUUGAACAAGCUAUACAAGAAUUUAAAGUUGAUCCUACGCCGCCUCCGUCUGAAGAAAUUUGUAAUGCUUUCAAUGAAUUACGAUCAGAUAUGGUUUUAUUAUGUGAACUGCGUACAGCAUUGUCCACAUGUGUCUACGAAAUUGAGAGUUUAAAGCAUCAGUAUGAAGCAUCUUGUCCUGGAAAGACGCUUAACAUACCUCCCUCUUUGAUACCAGCAGGACUUCAAAUAAAAACAGAAACCUUUGAGAAUAUUUCGUCUACUAGUACGACCUAAUAAAUCGUUGGGAGUUGUCUAUCGAAAAUGGUUUUAAUCGGUCAAUAAUUUUACCCCAUACCAAUGUCCUCCCGGAAUAAGUGCAUUGCCCUGAUUAAUGUCUUAAAUAUAUCGAGGUUCAUAUAAAAUUCAACGUAAACCAGUCUUAUAUUAGUAAAAGUACACCACACAAUUGUAUUAAAAUCAAUCCAUAAUGGACUAUAUCACCCAUAUAAGGCCCACAUCCAAAAUUCAUAACUAUAUUUUAAUUUUAUAAAAGAUAUAUCGCACUCGUUCAACAAUACUGUUUUAACUCAAAAUUUUUAAAAAUUCACUUUUUGCAUUUUCGUGAUAAUUAGUGACUACCUUGUAUCAACAAAAAGGUAUUAUUUUGAGUUAAUACAAACAUUUAAAUAGAAAUACAUCGAAUAUUUUCAUAAAAAAUUUAUUAUUUUGAAUUGGCCCUUUAUUCAAGUUCAAAAUAAU